AUGCGUGUGCUGGCCAAGGUAUACUUGGAGCUACCUGAUGGAGGGCUGCAUGACCUCGAGCAAAGAAUCGAUCAGCUGCAGCACAUGCAGGUUAGCUACAUGAGCGAAAGGCUCACUUCCAUGUCAGAUGAGCUGAUGACAGCUCAAGCUUCCAUAGCAGGUUUGACCGAUGCUCUUAUUGAGGAGCAAGCCUUUCGACAAGAGUUCGAACAGGCGGUUCGCGGUGAAAUCAAACAUGAGAGCAACAACUUGGGCGCCCAAGUGAGAAAAUGGUUGGAGAACCUGGAAACAAAGCUUUGCAACCAUUUCGAAGAUGUGCUGCAUUCGCUGGAGUCGCGUGUGGUGCAGGAUUUCCAGGACCUGUGGCAAUGGACCAAUGAGGAAUGUCGCAAAGCGACUGAUGGUCAGAAGGAGUUAGACGAGAAGGUGUCCGCGUUCAAGGCAGAGGCACGGACCCCAACCGCGUAUUCGAAGCUUUCUGCACGCAUUGACGACCUCUGCGAUUCUGUGGUAAAAGAG